CUCAAACUCGGUCGGUCAGUCAGACGGUCGGUAGCUCCUGUCCCUUUUGUCUUCGCCGUCGGAGUUUGAGCUGCCGUUGAGCGACCCACUACUGCUACUCCGACCGAGAGGCGAGAGAGAGCGGCCGCCGAGCAAGCCCGCGAGAGCUGCCGGAGUCAUGGACGAGGAUAGUUCCAACCCGCUCCGUCGGAUGUCGAGCCGGACUCGUAAGGUUGCUCCGAAGAUGGCUGCUGCCCUCGCCAGCAGCGAUAAUCGAGCUCAGGCCGCCCUCGCUCGCCUUGAAGCUCUGGAAAAUGAUUAUACGGGGAUUGAGACAGAGAAUCUUAACGAUGAUGACGAGGCUUCUCUCGACGACGACGAUGAUCAAGCUUAUAUCCAGAAGAAGCAAUCAAAGAGCACCAAGCGUAAAACCCGACAGGCAAAGGCUCUUGAAAAUGCCAGGAAGGCGACGUUCCUUGAGCUCCUGCACGAGGCGAACCUGGAGUCCUUACCUCCACAUGUACCGUCAUACUUGCGAGCAGCAGUUGGGCCUCCAAGCUCCACCUCUCGCCGCCAUUUCUGCACUGUCUGUGGAUGUACUGCCAACUACACGUGUGUGAGGUGUGGAAUGCGCUUCUGUUCAUGCCGAUGCCAGAAUAUUCACAACGAUACUCGAUGUUUGAAAUUCGUAGCCUGAGUUGUAACAAACGAAUUCAAGUUGUUUAACAUGUGCAUAUCUUGUGAAAAGUCAAAUUAGUCUUGCUCUAGGAGUGCUGAUAUUCCGCUACAAGGUCCCAUCCCAUGUACUGUUUCUCUUAAUGUAGUACCGUUGGAAGUUAAAUCCAAUGGACUCUUUCAUGACAAGGUCCAGCAACAUUGUUGGCUAAUUCAGUUUGAUCUGUAUGUGGAGAAUUCAGGGGCCAUAUGGUGCUCUGUUUCACUUAA